AUGGAAUCAGAAUUUUUUGAAGCAAGAAAGACUGAAAGUCAUGGUACGCUUUUACAAUUUGAAGAACGUGAACGAAAAUUAACAAAUGAAAUUCAACGAUUACGUACAUAUUUAUUAACAAUGGAAGAAUUUCAUACAACAGAUUUAAUUGCUGCUGAAAAUCGAGAAAAAUCUUUAAGAAAUCAAAUAGCACAAUUAGAUAAUUCAAAUUGUGCACAAAAUUAA